AUGUUUAAGAAGCUUACAGGUAAGAAAGAGGUCAAGAAAGUUGAUGAAUCGAAGCUUAUAUCCAUAGAUAAGCCAAUCAAGUCUCUUCCAGAAGAGAUUAAGAGACCGGAAGAAGAGAAGUUGACUGCUGAACAACAAGCGAAGUACGAUGAAGUCUACAAGUACCUCACAAAUGCUGAAUUGAAAGUUGGUAAUAAAGAAAAAAAUCCAACUGAAUCCUCGGGUUUAAUCGAUGAAGAAAGAGCAUGGCUAACCAGAGAGUGUAUAAUACGUUACUUAAAGGCUACUAAGUGGCAUGUUAAGGAUGCCAUUGACAGAAUCCUAGGAUCAUUGGCCUGGAGACGUGAAUUUGGAAUUAACCAUUUGGGUGAAGAAAAUGGUGACGAGGUUACAUCGGAUUUGGUUGCUGUAGAGAAUGAAAGUGGUAAACAAGUUGUUCUAGGGUAUGAAAAUAAUGCUAGACCUAUUUUAUACUUGAAACCGGGUAGACAAAAUACCAAAACCUCGCAUAGACAAGUUCAACAUCUAGUUUUUAUGUUGGAAAGAGUAAUUGAUUUCAUGCCUAUUGGUCAAGGAUCUCUAGCUUUAUUAAUUGAUUUUAAAGAGUAUAGUGAUGUACCAAAGGUGCCGGCUAACAGUAAAAUUCCUCCAAUUGGUGUAGGGAAAGAGGUUUUGCAUAUUCUACAAACACAUUAUCCAGAAAGACUUGGAAAAGCUUUGCUGACAAACAUUCCUUGGUUAGCUUGGACAUUUUUGAAACUUAUCCAUCCAUUCAUUGACCCAAUGACCAGAGAAAAGUUAGUCUUUGAUGAACCUUUCACAAAAUAUGUUCCUAUGGAUCAACUAGAUGCCAUUUAUGGUGGUCAUUUGAACUUCAAAUACAAACAUGAAGUAUAUUGGCCUGCUUUGAUUGAAUAUUCAAAAGAAAAGAGAGAACAUUACAUGAAGAGAUUCCAGAAAUUUGGUAGUAAGAUUGGUUUGAGUGAGUACGACUUGAGAGGAACUCAUGAAACACCACUGUAUCCUGUCAACUGA